AUGUCCUUUCCUGGUCCCAGCGUCAAGCCUUUCCCGGUGGCGGAUGCCGUCCCCUCCUAUUGGAGAAAACAAGUUGGGCCCAUCGACAACCAUCGCAGCACUGAACAUCUUCCCACGCAGGUCGAUGUUGUAAUUGUUGGCGCGGGGUAUGCUGGGGCAUCGAUCGUGCAUCACAUAGUCGAAGAGUGUGUGCGUCGCGACCGGCCACUUCCAUCAAUACUUAUCCUUGAAGCACGCGAGGCCUGCUCUGGCGCUACUGGACGUAAUGGCGGUCAUUUGAAACCAGAUCCUUUGUCAAGAGCGGCCAGCGUACUGGAGACGCAUGGGAAAGCGGUCGCGGAGCAUGUGGCUACAUUCGAGGCCCGCCAGGUCGACGCGAUCAAGGAACUUGUUCAGCGUGAAAACUGUGACUGCGACUUCGAAGAGACCAGGGUCACGGAUGUCUGCUUUUACGAAGCCGGUCGCGACAAGAUCAAAGCUGACAUUGCGAAAAUCGCUAAAGCGGGUAUCUCAACUGCGAAAGGGAUAGAUUUUACUUCAGGCAGCGAAGCAGAAGAGGUUUCCGGCGUAUGGGGUGCAAAGUCUUGUCAUACAUAUAGCGCCGCUCGUCUGUGGCCCUACCGACUCGUAGCGCACUUGCUAGAGAAAGCGGUAUCUAUGGGUGUCAACUUGCAAACACACACCUCAGUUACAUCCGUCUCGGCAGCCGAUGGGGGCACAACAGAUCAUCAUUGGGUCGUGAAUACACCGCGCGGCUCCGUCAAUACCAGCACUAUCGUUUAUGCUACGAACGGUUACACUUCUGCUCUCGUACCGGAGAUGAAGGACAAAGUCGUCCCAGUGAGAGGCAUAGUAGCGCGAUUGGCGGGCGAGAAUGCACCAAAAAUGACUGAUAGCUAUAUGAUGCGAUUUUCCGACUACGAGUACGACUACAUGAUUCCUCGGCCGGACGGUAGUAUCAUCGUCGGGGGCGGAAGACGCGACUACUACAAAAACUUGGACGAAUGGUUUGAUGUAUCCGACGACAGCAGACUGAUGGAUGGCGCGCGGCAUUACUUUGACGGUUACAUGCAACGGCAUUUCCGCGGGUGGGAGAACAGCGGUGCCCACACAGAAGAACUUUGGACCGGUAUUAUGGGCUAUUCCAACGACGGGUUCCCUUAUGUUGGGCCAGUUUGCGGGAAACCUGGCCAGUAUAUGUGCGCAGGAUUCAGCGGGCACGGUAUGCCGCAGAUCUUCUUCUGUGCAAAAGCCAUUGCUUCCAUGGUCAUCACCGGCGAUGCAGAGGAUGUGGAUCUUCCUGUGCCGUACCGCAUCACCAGGACUAGAUGGUACCAGCAGAAAGAACAUGUGUCUCUCAAGAUGUGGCAACAGAUAGCGGAAAGCCAGCCUGCUCAAGCACGGUUGUGA